AUGCCUGUUUCCAUUUCGGUUGUACAUUCUUUACCCGCAAAUAUUGAUGCCGAUGGAGCCACACUAGAAAUCCCGAAGGACUUUGCAAGAGCUUGUGAAUCUGGAUGGACUGGAGAAUCUACUUCGACGGCGCAUUUGCGGGGCAGAAAACUAUUUGGGAAGAAGUUUGAAAUGCCUCCGGGUUCAGAGGCCAUAGUCGUGCAAAAUGAAGAUAUGCUUAGCCUAGAAGAAAGCGCUAGCAAUGUUAGGGUUGUCGGCGCUCCUGUUGAAAAAUUAAUUAUCUGGAAUACAGAUGCUCCCAGUGAUGUCUCUGAGAAAAUUCAUUCCGCCCUUCUGUGGUCCAAAUUAAGCUCCGCUCUCUGA